GCCUUUUCUGGAAACACAAAUGCAGACAGUGUCGUAUACUUUAAGCUUCAGCACUCCAUUAAAGCAAGAUUCCUCCGUUUUGUGCCUUUGGACUGGAAUCCGAACGGCAGAAUUGGAAUGCGCAUUGAAGUGUAUGGAUGCACAUACAGGUCCGAGGUGGUUGGCUUUGAUGGGAAAAGUUGUCUAAUUUACACAUUUAAUCAAAAACUCAUGAGUGCACUGAAAGAUGUGAUUUCUCUGAAGUUUAAGACAAUGCAAAGUGAUGGAAUUCUCCUCCACAGAGAAGGACAAAAUGGAGACCACAUCACCCUGGAAUUAAUUAAAGGGAAGCUGUCCCUACUCAUUAAUUUAGGUGAUACUAAAACUCAUCCUUCUAAUGCCCAAAUUAAUAUUACGCUGGGCAGCCUUUUGGAUGAUCAACACUGGCAUUCUGUUGUCAUUGAGCACUUUAACAAUCAAGUAAACUUUACAGUGGAUAAACACACUCAUCAUUUUUAUGCAAAAGGAGAAUUCAAUUAUUUGGACCUUGAUUAUGAGGGAAACAUGUCCUUCUCAUGUUUAGAGCCACAGGUGGUUCCUGUUACAUUUCUGAGCUCCAAUAGUUACUUGGCACUGCCAGGCACAUCAGGGCAAGACGAAGUAUUCAUCAGUUUCCAGUUUCGCACCUGGAACAAGGAGGGACUUCUAUUAUCUAGUAAACUACACCAGGCUUCAGGUGGUUUCCUCUUAUAUUUGAGUGAUGGGAAAGUUAAAAUCAGUCUUCAUAAACCAGGAAAAGCACUGAGUGACAUCACUGCAGGUGCUGGAUUAAAUAAUGGCCAGUGGCAUUCUGUAUCCUUCUCUGCCAAAAGGAAUCAUGUCAGUGUAAUAGUGGACAAUGAUGUGACCUCAUCUGCUCAUGCCUCCACACCUCUGCAAAUUUAUUCAGGAGAUUAUUUCUACUUUGGAGGCUGCCCUAACAGUGGAAACAUUUCUGAAUGUAAUACUUCAUUUGGCGGCUUUCAAGGAUGCAUGCGACUCAUUUCCAUUGGUACCAAAGCAGUGGAUAUGAUCUCAGUUCAGCAAAAUGGUUUCGGCAAUUUCAGUGACCUUCAGAUAGAUUUAUGUGGCAUAAUAGACAUGAAAAUGCUCUUUGUUUUUCAUUUUAGGUGUUUGCCUAAUUACUGUGAACAUGGUGGUGAAUGCUCACAGUCCUGGAACAGCUUCUACUGCGACUGUGACAAUACUGGUUACAAGGGAGCUACUUGCCACUAUCCCAUCUAUGAGCAAUCAUGUGAAGCCUAUAAGCACAGAGGGAACACUUCAGGCUUUUACAAUAUUGAUUCAGAUGGAAGUGGCCCCUUGGGACCGUUUCUUGUAUACUGUAAUAUGACAGAUACAACGUGGACAAUUAUACAGCAUAACAACACCAACCUAACCAGAGUCAAAAGUGCUAAUCGAGAGAACCCACACACUGUGUUUUUCAAGUACUCUGCCAGCCUAGACCAGCUUCAGGCUACAAUUAACCAUGCAGAGCACUGUGAACAGGAGCUUGCUUACCACUGCAAAAAGUCCAGGCUUUUAGAUAAGCCAGAUGGGAUGCCACUGAGCUGGUGGAUUGGAAGAACCAAUGAAACACAGACUUACUGGGGAGGUUCCUUGCCUGCUGUACAAAAAUGUGCUUGUGGAUUAGAGGGGAGCUGCAUUGAUUCCCAGCAUUACUGCAACUGUGAUGCAGACAGAGAUGAAUGGACUAAUGAUACUGGAUUCCUCUCCUACAAGGAGCAUCUACCAGUAACUGAAAUUGUGAUCACAGAUACUGACAGACCAAAUUCUGAAGCAGCUUACAAACUGGGGCCUUUGCUUUGCCAUGGUGACA